UUCUUGAACAUUCAACAUUAACGGCACAAUCUCCAUGACAGGCUUAUAAAUUCCUCGCAAUCUUUCUAUCAAAUUCAGACCGAAAUCAAGAACUCCAAAGCACAAGCGCUCUGUAAAUUUUCGUAGUUUGCUUCUGAAUCCCUCUGUUUGUCUGUUGAUCCUUAGUAGAGACAAGCAAUUCAUCUAGCGCAUUUCCAUUUCAAGGCUAUAAGUUUCGACGAUGGUGGCUAAAACUGAAGGCAAGGCGAUUGGUAUUGAUUUGGGUACCACCUACAGCUGCGUCGGAGUGUGGCAGAAUGACAGGGUCGAGAUCAUCGCCAAUGAUCAGGGUAAUAGGACUACGCCUUCGUAUGUCGCAUUCACCGAUACCGAGAGGUUAAUUGGUGAUGCUGCCAAGAACCAAGUUGCCAUGAACCCCUCCAACACAGUGUUUGAUGCCAAGCGACUCAUUGGUCGGAGGGUUUCUGAUCCGUCUGUACAGAGUGACAUGAAGCUCUGGCCCUUCAAGGUUAUUCCUGGCCCCGGUGAUAAGCCCAUGAUCGUUGUUCAAUUCAAGGGCAAAGAGAAACAUUUCUCCGCUGAGGAGAUUUCGUCCAUGGUCUUGAUCAAGAUGAGGGAGAUUGCCGAGGCGUAUCUGGGUCAGACAGUCAAGAACGCUGUCAUCACUGUGCCGGCCUAUUUCAAUGAUUCGCAGAGGCAGGCGACGAAGGAUGCCGGAGCCAUAUCUGGGCUUAACGUGAUGAGGAUUAUCAAUGAGCCCACGGCAGCUGCUAUUGCUUAUGGUUUGGAUAAGAAGGCUUCGAGGUCUGGUGAAAAGAACGUUCUCAUCUUUGAUUUGGGUGGUGGAACCUUCGACGUUUCCCUGCUGACCAUCGAGGAAGGAAUUUUCGAGGUGAAGGCCACUGCCGGAGAUACCCAUCUCGGGGGUGAGGACUUCGACAACCGUCUUGUCAACCACUUCGUUGCUGAGUUCAAGAGAAAGCACAAGAAAGACAUCAGCAGCAAUGCGAGGGCUCUGCGGCGGUUGAGGACGGCCUGUGAGAGGGCAAAGCGGACUCUGUCUUCCACCACACAGACAACCAUAGAAAUCGAUUCUCUGUACGAGGGUAUCGACUUCUAUGCAACGAUCACUCGAGCCCGGUUUGAAGAAUUGAACAUGGACCUGUUCAGGAAGUGCAUGGAACCGGUGGAGAAGUGCCUCCGGGACUCUAAGAUUGACAAGAGUCAGGUCGAUGACAUCGUCCUUGUUGGUGGGUCAACCAGGAUUCCUAAGGUGCAGCAGCUUUUACAAGAUUUCUUCAAUGGGAAAGAGCUCUGCAAGAGUAUCAACCCAGAUGAGGCCGUGGCAUAUGGAGCUGCCGUCCAGGCUGCAAUUCUUAGCGGAGAAGGCGACCAGAAGGUCCAAGACCUGCUGCUGCUCGAUGUCACUCCUCUCAGCCUCGGUAUCGAGACUGCCGGAGGUGUGAUGACCGUUUUGAUUCCCAGAAACACAACCAUUCCAACGAAGAAGGAGCAGAUAUUCUCGACCUAUGCCGACAAUCAGCCCGGAGUCCUAAUUCAGGUCUACGAAGGUGAGCGCCCAAUGACCAAGGACAACAACCUCCUCGGCAAAUUCGAGCUGAAAGGAAUCCCCCCGGCUCCAAGAGGCGUUCCACAGAUUAAUGUGUGCUUCGACAUUGACGCCAAUGGAAUUCUAAACGUCUCGGCUGAGGACAAGACUGCUGGAGUGAAGAACAAGAUCACAAUCACCAACGACAAGGGGAGGUUGAGCAAAGAGGAGAUAGACAAGAUGGUGAAGGAUGCCGAGCGCUACAAGGCAGAGGACGAGCAAGUGAAGAAGAAGGUGGAGGCAAAGAAUUCAUUUGAGAAUUAUGCGUAUAGCAUGAGGAAUACGAUCAGGGAUGAGAAGUUUGCUGGGAAAUUGAACCCCGCAGAUAAGCAGAAGAUGGAGAAGGCAAUUGAUGAGACGAUGGACUGGCUUGACAAGAAUCAGUUGGCGGAGGUGGAUGAGUUGGAGUACAAACAGAAGGAGUUGGAGGGUUUGUGCAAUCCGAUCGUAGCGAAGAUGUACCAGGGGAGUGGCGGUGACAUGCCUGGAGGUAUGGGUGGUGGUGCCAACAUGCCGGGUGGAGGGUAUGGCUAUGGCCAAAGCAACGGUGGGACUGGUACAGGAGCUGGGCCUAAAAUCGAGGAGGUUGAUUGAAUGCAGUUGAGUUACUUAGGUCUUGGAUUUUGUUGAGAUGAUUAGUUGUUUUUCGUUUUGUCUUCUGGGUUGGACUUUCUUUUUGUAUAUUUGAGAUAUAUUUCUGUAAUUCUGUUGAGUGUAGAGGCACCCAGAGUCAAAGUAGGCUUGUGGAGUUGUGGGUUGGAUGCAGUGAGCUUUGCUCUGGCCUAUCAUUUGAAAUAUCAAAUAUGUAAUGCACAUAAUAAAGGGAAGGAUUUAGUUUCUUUUUCAAA